AUGAACCAAUCCACAAAUCAACUUAUUGGCGCUCAACCACAAAAUAAUAUUGGCCAGCUGCAAAGGCCACGGAAUAUUGGUGGACUACAGAAUGCUAAUGGCCAACUUCGAAGAACCACAAACAUUGCUAUGCUGCCUAUGAGACCUCAGAACACUGCAAAUCUAUUCACCGGUACUUUUACUUCUGUUCAACAAUAUGCUGACUUAAUUAACGGCUCAGAUCCAUUCACUAGAACGCAAGGUGUAGAAAAUCUGCCACCACAGAACUCCCGACUUUCAACGUUGUUGUUUUUAGGAGUUUCUUUUCCUUAA